AUGAUUCUUAAUAACACCUCAUCACCAAGGGAAAUUUAUGAUUGGGUUAAAGAAAAUAUCGCCGCUAUUUCAAAGGAAGAGGAACUAAUAAAUAUAGUAAAUAGUAACAUUAAUGGUGAAAUUUUAUUUAAUCUAACCAUUGAUGAACUGUCAAAAAAAACAAAUAUACAUAAAGAUAAAAUUAAUUUAAUUUUAAAAAAAAUUAAUGACUAUAAUAGUGUAAAUACAAGUUUAAGAGAAUCAACAUUUGUUGAAAUUCAAAAUGAAAACUCAUCAUCAUCAUCAUCAUCAUCAACAACAACUUCACCAUCAUCUUCAUCACCACCAAUCCCAAAAUUUAUUCAAGAUAUAAUAAAUAAAAACAAUAACUAUGAAAAUUAUAAUGAUGAUGAUAGUGAUGGCGAAAAUAAUAAAAAUAAAGAAAUUAAUAUUUUAUUACUUGGCAAUACAGGAACUGGCAAAACACUAUUUAUAAAUUCAUUAAUCAACUAUUUAAAAUAUGACAGUUUAAAAGAAAUGAUUGAAAAGAGUGAUAACCAAACACUAGCUACUAUACCCACCAUUGUAUCGAUGAGGGACACCAACAAUAAACCAUUUAACGUUCAAUUGGGUUCUGUAGACAAUUGUGAAAAAGAGAAGCAUCAACAAAGAAAAUCCAUUACAAGGGUAACUCAAAAGUAUAAAAUUCAGGUUUAUGGUAAAACUAUUUGUUUAAUAGAUACACCUGGUAUUGGUGAUACCGAUGGCAUUGAAACCGAUAAAAAGAACUUUGAAAUGGUUCUAUCAGAAAUUUCAUCGCUCUCUCAUUUAAAUGCCAUCGCAGUGGUUAUGAAACCAAAUGAAAAUAGAAUGAAUGCUUCGUUCAAAUUUUGUCUUCAAGAACUACUCUGCCAUUUGCAUCAAUCUGCUAGAAACAAUUUAUUUUUCAUCUUUACAUCCUCAAGAAACACUUUGUUUAGAGCUGGUGAAACUGAACAACUCUUAGAGCUUGUAGUCAAUAAAAUCAAAGAAAAGAAGGGUAUAGAAAUAAAUUUAAAAGAUAGAAUGUAUUUCUUUGACAAUGAAUGCUUUAACUAUGUAGCUGUAAAACAUGAAGGUGGUGUAUUUAGCCAGAUUGAGGAAAGCACUUACCUCCUAAGUUGGAAUCAAUCUAUUAUGUCUCUAUCAAAGCUAUUAAAGGAUAUCAUUUCAACCAAACCACAUGAUACCCAAAACACAAUCUCAAUAAAUAUGAGCAAGAAACUAAUCAAAGAAAUUAGCUACUCAAUGUCCCAAUGCAUUCAAAACUCUAAUCAAAAUAUUAAAAAACUAAAUGAAAAGAAAAAGGAAAUUCAAGAUGGUUUAGGUAUGGAGUUAGAACAGUUAAGAUCAAUCUUGUAUAUGCCAUUUGUAAACCUUAAGUCCUAUCCACUUGAAGGAAGAAAAAUAAUUUGUAGAAACCGAUCAUGUAUUCAAUUGGAAAAAGAAGUUACAACAAAAGAUGGCCAAACAAAGAAAUUAGCUUUCUGUACUGACAGUAACAAAUUAAAUGAACUAUAUUUUUCAAACAAUUUCAAUAUAUUAGGUAUCUGUAAAACCUGUUCAAAAAAUAAUCACACAUGCCAUUUUACCUCACAUCUAAACAUUGACACUGUGGAAGAAAGGGAGGAGAUUAAUGUUAGAGACGAACUUAUUAGCUCCCAAAUCGAAACUAAAGAAGAGCUUUUGAAUGCAGCACAUCAAAUCAUUGGACAAUUGGAAAAAAGAAAAGAAACCUAUCAACAAGAAUUGGAAAUAUUAGAAAAAGCUUCAUUGGAUUUCUCAUGCUUCCUUUUUGAAAAUAGUUUUAUCGAAAUCAACGAUGAAAUUGAAGGAUACGUUCAAAUAUUAAUUGAAAAUGAAAAACUAGCCCUACUUUCAACUAGCCUACCAUCGCCAUCAUCAACAUUAACAUCCAACCCAAUCAAAAAUUUAGAAUCUUAUUUAGAAUCCCACAGAAAAGAAGUAUCUCAAUUUAAAGAAAAUUUAAGUAAAAUCAAUAACCAAACCCAUUGUAAAGAUGCAGACGAAAUUAAACAACUAAUUGAUAAAAUUAUGAACUUGGAAUUCUCUGGUAAAAUAAUUACUGAAAUUUUAGAUUCAAAAAAAAUAACAAGUUCUUUUAUUUCAAGAAAUGAAAAUUCAACUAUAAAGAUUCAACAAACAAGAACCCUUUUUAAUUUUUUAAAAGAUAGUUUUAAUUUUUAA